GGGACCUGGGGGACCUGGGUUAGCUAGUUAGUAGCUCCUAACCCACUGUGAGGAUAUGGAUCAUGAGCUGAGCCAGGGAGCUGCACUGCUACGGCUGCUACACCUUCUGUGGCUGCUGCCCCACUCCUGGACUGCCCCCGAAGCUCCUGCUCCAGGGUGGAGGGAUGAGCUGCAAAACCACACGUUCCAGUACACAAUGUACUGCCAGGAUGGGAAUCCCGAAGUGGGACUCUCCGAGGUCUAUGAUGGGGACCAGCUUUUCUCCUUCAACUUUUCCCAGAACAUCCGAGUGCCUCGCCUGCCUGAAUUUGCGGACUGGGCUCACCAGAUUGAAGACACUCCUGCCAUUUUCUUUGACAAAGGAUUCUGCCGAGAGAUGAUCGAAAAAGUUGGCCCACUGUUUGAAGGGAAAAUCCCAGUGUCUAGAGGGUUACCCAUCGCUGAGGUGUUCACGCUGAAGCCCCUGGAGUUUGGCAAACCCAACACACUGGUCUGUUUUGUCAGUAACCUUUUCCCACCCGCACUGACGGUGACCUGGGAGCAUCACUCUGCUCCUGUGGAAGGAAUCGGGCCCACUUUCGUCUCCGCCACGGAUGACCUCAGCUUCCAGGCCUUUUCUUAUUUAAACUUCACACCGACACCCUCUGACCUUUUCUCUUGCGUCGUGACUCAUGAGCUCGACGGCUACGUAGCAAUCUCUUACUGGGUGCCCCAGAAUGCGCUGCCCUCAGACCUCCUUGAGAACGUGCUGUGUGGCGUGGCCUUUGGCCUGGGUGUGCUGGGAAUCAUUGUUGGCUUAGUCCUCAUCAUCUACUCUCGGAAGCCUUGCUCAGCCUGAUUCUCCCUGACCAGAGUCCGGUGCCAGCAGCUGCAGUCAUCCAAGCAGGAGGCAUUCAGCUUUCUCACCUCCUGCCUAGGAUCUCUCCUUCUCAGAGCAGAAGUCCUUGGGACGCUGCGCGCGCCUGCUCUGCUCUCCGUGGUACUGGAUCCAGGGGACCCCCGAGUGGCCUUCCUAUCCCUACGACAUCACUGCCAUGUCAAGGCAAUAAAUCUCAUUUUUUAA